AUGAUCAAAACAAUUCAGGGGAGGUCUGUGAAAACAGCAGUUGCACUUUCGCAUGCUUUUGCCCUAUACAAAUUUAAAGCAGAAAAACUGUUGAAAACGCCGAUCGUAUCGCUGACUCGACAACAACAUGCAAAUUCGCCACUCGAAAUGCAACGUGACAUGAUGUGGGGGGAGGCAGCAUUCCUAGCGAGCGGGGCUGCGCGGGGGCGAGCGGCGGUCAUCGACCGUCCUCAGGCGGCCGCGCAUAAACUACGCAGCCGCAGAAGGUCAAUACAGCGCGCGGCUUCCACGACCGUCGUUCGCGCCACGAUCCGCACGUACCGGCUGAAACAGCAGGGCCGCGUAGGUUCAUCCAUGACCGUCUCGCCGCGCCGCGCAUACCUCGGUACCCUCGUGGGCUGGGCUCAACGCAACGACAUACACAUGAUUGGUGAUAUGAAAUGUGACGUGCUGGACACCACAGUUGAGUGA